AUGGCUUUGACAGUUUUUUUAUUUAAAGUUAAUAAUCUUGAAAUAGGAAAUGCUAAACGUGAUGUAUUGGAUGAAGAUCAAGAAGAAAAUUCAACACCAUUAAUGAUUGAUAAUAAUUUAAUGUUACUUUGUGCUAAAGUUACAUUUCGAGGAAUUCAUCUUUGGUCAAACAAUGUUCCGAUACAAAAUGGAACAGCAAAUUUUGUUGCACGUGGAAAUAAACCAAAAAAAUUUCAUUUUAAUUUAGCAACUAUUUUAUUACCUAGUGACAAAAUGCGUAUAGAAUUUUAUACAAUAAGUAUGAAAAAAAAUCGUAAGAAAAUGAUUGCAACAUUUGAAUUAAUACUUGAAUCAUUAAUCGAUACAAAAUAUAUGGACUUAUUUGAAGAAAAUUUAUUAGAUCCAAAUAAUUGUUUAAUGAAAUCAACUGUAAAUAUUCAAAUUUAUUAUACAUCACCAAGUCUUGAUAAAACAAGUGAUAUAUUAAGUAGACCCGAUGAAACAAAUGAUACAAUUAAUUGGGUGGAUCAAUUUGAUGAUGGUGGUCGACAUGGUGGUCAUCGACGUCCAUAUAUUCCUUCAAAACAUAAUACUGGAUUUAACAAAUUUCGUACGAAAUUCGUCGGUCGCGCAGAUGAUGCUGAUUCAGAUUCAUGUAGUGAUACCGAAUAUGAUAGCAAUGCGAAUAUUAAUGAUAUAUUUUCAUCAAUGACUCAAGAAGAAAAAUCAAAGAUCCAAUAUAAUGAACUUGAAUUACUCGAAAAAAGUUUGGGACGAUAUGAAGGUGAUGAAUAUCAAAUGACUGAAUGGCAAAUUAUGGUUAAUAUUAUACAAGGACGAGAUUUUACUGGACUUGAUAUUAAUCCAUAUGUAUGUGUUCAAAUUGGUGAUCAAAAACGAUAUACGAUAGUACAUAAAUGUACUACUUCACCAUUUUUUGGAGAAUUCUUCACAUUUGAUUUUACACUUCCAGCCACACAAAUGAUGGAAAAAGUUAUUUAUUUUCGAGUUCAUCAUGCAAAAAAAAUAAUUAGUACAUUUACUCAUACAAAACCAAUUGGUAUAUUUAAAGUUGAUGUAGCCACAGUUUAUAAUGAAAAAGAACAUGUAUUUGAACGAAAAUGGGCUAAAUUAAUUAAUCCAGAUUCUAUUAAAGCAUCUUCUGGUUAUUUACUUGUUUCAAUUGCAAUUGCACAACGUGGUGUUACAACAAAAAAUAUUCUUGGUGAAGCUGCAGAAGAUGAUGAAGAAUUAAAACCAUCAAAAGAAUUUAUACCAGCGGCUAUGCCUCGAGGUCUUUUUCCUGUUCAAUUUAAAAUAACAUUAUUUAAAGCAGCUGAAUUACCCGAAAUGAUGACUGACUUUUUAACAGCUGUUUCAAAAAAAAUUCUUUCUUCUAAUGAUUGGGAACCAGUUGAUCCAUAUGUUGAAGUAACAUAUAAUGCUAUACAAGCAACAACAGAUCAUUGUAAUGGUACAUCACCUAUUUGGGGUGAAGCAGUUUAUUUAGUUGGACAAUUUCCACCACUUGUACGAACAAUAAAAAUAGCACUUAAAGAUCAUGCUGCUGUUCAAAAAGAUCGUACAAUAUCAUCAUUUUUAAUUGAUCUUUUUUCAAUAAGUGAAAGUAAUCCAUUAGCUGGUUUUUUACCAAUAUUUGGUCCAACAUGGAUCUUUUUAUAUGGAAGUCCAAGAGAAUAUACUAUCAAUACAAAUCAAGAUGGUCUUGGAGAACGAAUGGGUGAAGGAGUUUGUUAUAAAGGACGUUUACUUAUGGAAAUUGGAUGUCAUCCAAUAAGUGGUGAAAAUGCACCGAAUAUGAGUGUACAAAAAGAAAGUGGAAUUCAACAUCCUGAAACUCAUAUAUUUCCAAAGGAACGUACGUUUAUUUUAUUCGGUUGUAUUUAUGAUGUAACAAUGAUUGAUAAAGCAUUUGGUAAUGCAACAAUUUGUUUUGAAUUAAGUAUGGGUUCAAGUGGAUAUUUAAAUCCACAUCAAUUAACUAUUCAUCAACCUGCUUCAUCAAUAACACGACCUUAUCCACGUAUUCCAAUUGAUAAUAGUGCACAACAUUUUCGUUUACCUAUUGAUUUACAAAAACCAAUAAUAUUUACAAAAUAUAAAUUUUAUGAUUAUAGUUAUCGUAUGACUUUAUCAAAUAGAUUGAAAAAUGCAGCUGAUAAUAUGUUUAAACUAAUUCGAGAAUUUGAAUUUAAUAUUAAUUCACAAAUAUCAAAUGAAAUUCUAAUGCAACAAUAUCGAAAAAUGGAAGAAUAUGUUCAUACAUUACCGUGUGGAUGUGGUCAAAAAAAACCAGCUGUUACUAAUUUUGGUAUAACAGGUGGAGUUCAUGCAACUCUAUCUGAAGUAUUAAAUUUUUCAUUAUCAAAUCUUCAAAUGAAUGCAUUAGAUGAAAAACGACGAAAAAAAAUUUUUCAUAAUUUAGAAUCAUUAAAAAAUUGGAUUACAAAAGAUGUCGAUUUUGAUGAAACAAAACGAUUUGAAAUAGUUAAACAAUUAUAUAAAAUUGCUCGAGCACUUCGACAAUUAGCCUUUGAUGUCCAACCAUCAUUACCUGAUGUAUUUUUAUGGAUGAUAUGUGAUUCAAAACGAGUAGCUUAUGCUCGAUUGUUACCGGAAGAUCUUCUUUACAGUGUAUGUGAAGGUGAAAAAGGUUUAUAUAAUGGUCGAAUACAAACACUCUUUCUUCAAACACCACGUACAUCGGAUAAACCAAUAAAAUCAUCAACAAAUGCUAAAAUACAAAUAUUUCUUUGGCUUGGUACCGAAGAACAAGAACAAAAUAUAUUUAAACAAUUACCUUCUGGAUUUGAUAGAUCAUUAUUAAAAUUAUCUAAUGACAUCAAAUAUAUACAAUAUACAGGAAGAUCGUUUUAUGAAUUACGAUGUCAUUGUUAUAAAGCAAGAUCAUUAAAUGCAUUGAAUGAAACAGGUUUUUCUGAUUCUUAUUUGAGUAUAACAGCUGGUAAUGAAACACAAAUAACACCUAUUCUUCGAGAAUCAUUAUGUCCACAAUGGAAUAUAACAUUGGUUUUUCGCAAUUUAAUGCAUAUUGGAAGUCGAGAAAUGGCUGAACAAACCAUUGGAAAUGUUGUUGUCGAAUGCUAUGAUUAUGAUACCUCCAAUGAAAAAUCUAUUUUGAUGGGUCGUUUUUCUACAACAGCUAAACUUUAUCUAUCUCAUGAAGACAAACCAAAAGAAUUAUUAUUUCAAUGGUAUGAAUUUAAAUUUGGUGAAAAAAGAGCUGGAGAAAUUUUAGCUGUAUUUGAAUUAAAUGAAGUUGAUCCGAAAACUCAACAAACUGAAUCAAUAUUUGAUCUUGAAGAAAUUGAAAUUACACCGGAAAAUUUUCCACCUAAAUUAUAUAUAACUAAAUUAAUGAAAAAUAAAAUUUAUGAGAUUCCAGAUGAGAUUAUGCCUGAUUUAAAAUCUUAUGAAAUCGACGUUAUGUUUUGGGGUUUACGUGAAUGUCGUCCAAUUAAUUUUCAAUCAAUUCAACAAGCUGAAGUAUCUAUCGAUUGUGCUGGUGCACGUAUGACUAAAGUUAUAAAAGAUGUACAAAAAUAUCCAAAUUUCGAAUCAACAUCUACAAAUUCAGACACAUACAAAAUUAUAGUUAGUUUACCAAAGGAUAAUAAUUUUUGGCCACAUUUAAGUAUUUGUUGUGUACAACAUCGUCUUUUUGGAAUGAAAGAACCUAUAGGUAAUCUGGUUGUAACUGAUUUGCAAAAAUAUAUUACUAAUAAUCGUAAUCGUAAUGAUAAAAGUACUCGACAAUUGGCUCUUGAUGCUGAUGCAGCUACCUUAGAUAUUCAAAAUAAGCCAUUACUAAAAAGAGAAACAUCAAUGUUCGAACGUCAAAUAAGUCAAAUAAAAACUCCUUAUGAAAAGCAACAAUCAACCAUGAGCCAUAAUUCAUUGGCACAAGAAGAUAGUGUUGAAAAAUCAGAAAUACAAACACAACCUUCAAACGAUAAUGAUGAUAAAUUGGAAUCAUCUGUUGAUAGUUAUCAACAAUUAACAACUUUAGAUAGAUCAAAACGAGAUCAAAUGGAAAAAUCAGCUAGUUGGUGGAGUAAAUAUUAUGCAUCAAAAGCUAAACUUAGAUUAGAAAAAAAAACAAAACACGAUUUAAAUGAAGAACUUCAACUUAGUUAUAAUGUUUAUGCUGAUUUUUUUGAAGAUGAAUCAAAAGUUGUUACUAACCAAGCUUUGAUACUUUUGAAUAAAGCUAAAAAAGCCUUUAUAAAUCUUGGAAAAUUUGGUAAAAAAGUCGAACGUUUUGCUGUUAAUGAAUUCGCACAUCUUGCAGAUUAUUCAAAAAUCAAAUCAUUUAUUGAAGAAAGUUUAGAUAUUAUCGAAAUUGAUCAUCUUAAAGAAUUAACAUUAUUACAAACAUUUGAUAUUAUUGAAACAGAAUUAGAAAAUAUUAACCAUUAUGGAGGAUUUAAUGAUUGUCUUGAGAAAUUUCCUUUAUAUAAAGGAAAAGGUACAAAUCGUUCCGAUGAAAAAGGAGAUGAAAGUCGUGUUUAUGCCAAAUUUAAGGGAAAACUUCGUAUUCAUGAAAUCACAUUAGAUGAGCGUCGUAGUACUUUAGGGAAUAUUAGUAGCAGUCGUCGAAUGUCUAUGUAUCCAGUUUUAUUCACUGCUAAAAGAGAAUCAGACACAGAGCAAAGACGCGAUUCACAUAUUCAUACAAAUCAAGAAAUGUCUCAACUUGAUUUAAAUCAUCAUCCAAUUACACUUAAAUGUCGAUUGUAUAUUAUUAAAGCAUUAUUAUUUCGUAGUUGGGAUGCAUCAGGUAAAGCUGAUCCAUAUAUUAAAAUAUUAUUAGAUAGAGAAGUUAUUAUCGAUGAUGUUAAAGGAAGACUUUAUAAUACAUUAGAACCUGUUUUUGGAAGAUGUUUUGAGUUUGAACUUACAAUUCCUCAACAAUCAUUAUUACGUAUUCAACUUUGGGAUUGGGAUCUAACAAAUUUCGAUGAUAAAAUUGCUGAAACGUCUAUUGAUAUUGAAAAUCGUUGGUUUUCAUGUCAUAGAGCAACAUGUGGUUUACAAAAAAGAUACGAUAGUGCUGGUUAUAAUGUUUGGCGUGAUACAAAACCACCUGUUGUUAUUUUACAUAGUCUAUGUCAAACAGUAAAAUUAGAUUUACCAGUUUAUGCAACAGAUUUUUGUUCAUUAACUAUUGGUGACGUACGUUUUGAUUGUGAUCCAGAAUGUAUUGAAUUUAUAAAGAAUACUAAAUCGAAUGAUUUAUUACAUCGUAAAGUUUACCAUGAAUCACCAAAUGAAUAUUUGCGACAAAAUACAGCAUUAGCUGCACUUCAUGCAUGGGGGAAAAAAAUAAAUCAAAAAGGUGCUUUAGUAUCUGAACAUAUUGAAUGUCGAUCACUUGUUGAUCCAUUACGUCCCGAUAUUGAACAAGGCAAAUUGGAGAUGUGGUUAGAUAUAUUUCCAAUGUCUCGACCACCAUCUAGUACACCAGUUAAUAUAACACCACUAAAACCAAUGCCUUAUCAAUUACGUGUAACUAUUUGGAAUACAUCAAAUGUUGAAUUAAAUGAUGAAAAUUUCAUAACAGGAGAAAAAACAUCGGAUAUUUAUGUAAAAGCAUGGAUUUUAGGAGAACAAGAUGAUGGACAACAAACUGAUAUUCAUUAUCGAUCAUUAACAGGCGAAGGAAAUUUUAAUUGGCGAUUUGUAUUUAAUUUUAAUUAUAUAGAUAUAGAAGAAAAAAUUGUUCAUGAAAAAAAAGAAUCAGUUUUUCAAAUUGGAAAUACAAUAAAAAAACUUCCACCUCGAAUUGUUAUUCGUGUUUAUGAUGCUGAUCUUUUUGUAGCUGAUGAUUUUCUUGGUGAAUGUGUUCUUAAUUUAACACAUUUACCAAUAGGUGCAAAAAUAGCGAAAAAAUGUAAAUCUGAUAUAUUACUUAAUUCAAAACAUCGAGCAUUAAAUUUAUUUGUACACAAACGUGUUGCUGGUUGGUGGCCAAUGAUUGCUCCAAGAAAAUCUGAAGAAAUUCGUGACACAGCUCUAUUAGGAGGUAAAGUUGAAGCAGAAUUUUGUCUGCUUAGAGCUGAAGAAGCUGAAAAAAAUCCUGUUGGUAUAGGACGUGAAGCACCACAAGCACUUGAUGAACCAAAUCGUCCAAAAACUUCAUUUCUAUGGUUUACAUCUCCAUGGAAAACAUUUCGAUAUGUUAUUUGGCGUAAUUUUAGAUGGACAAUACUUAUUGCUGUCGUUAUAUUUAUUUUGGUUAUCUUUGUCUUAAUUGCUUUGUGGACACUACCGGCAGAAUUGGUUAAAAUAACAUUAAAUACAAUUUUUAGAACAAAUACCGGCUAA